GGACUCACCACUGUCCCAACUGCACUCUCCCUGUCCCGCCUUCCCCACCGCCCGCCCCGCUGGCCAGUCCCCACGCCCACACACCCGAGGCUGCCUCAUCUGGCACUGAUUAUCCCUGCUGCUGCUGCUGCCGCUGCUAAACUCAGCUGCUGCCUCGGUCUCGAGGACCCCAGCGCCUCUCCCCCCGGCCAUGCUGCCUGCUGCCACUGCCUCCCUCUUGGGGCCCCUCCUCACUGCCUGGGCCCUGCUGCCUUUCGCCCAGGGCCAGACCCCCAACUACACCAGACCUGUGUUCCUGUGCGGAGGGGAUGUGACUGGGGAGUCUGGUUACGUGGCAAGUGAGGGUUUCCCCAACCUCUACCCCCCUAAUAAGGAAUGCAUCUGGACAAUAACGGUCCCUGAGGGCCAGACUGUGUCCCUUUCCUUCCGAGUCUUCGACUUCGAGCUGCACCCUGCCUGCCGUUACGAUGCUCUGGAAGUCUUUGCCGGGUCUGGAACCUCCGGCCAGCGGCUUGGACGUUUCUGUGGGACCUUCCGGCCAGCGCCCUUAGUCGCCCCCGGCAACCAGGUGACCCUGAGGAUGACUGCGGACGAGGGCACAGGAGGACGAGGCUUCCUGCUCUGGUACAGCGGGCGGGCCACCUCGGGCACUGAGCACCAAUUUUGCGGGGGGCGGCUGGAGAAGGCCCAGGGAACCCUGACCACGCCCAACUGGCCCGAGUCUGAUUAUCCCCCGGGCAUCAGCUGUUCCUGGCACAUCAUCGCUCCCCCGGACCAGGUGAUCUCGCUGACCUUCGGGAAGUUUGACCUGGAGCCCGACACCUACUGCCGCUACGACUCGGUCAGUGUGUUCAACGGAGCCGUGAGCGACGACGCCAAGAGGCUGGGGAAGUUCUGCGGCGACACCGCCCCAGGUCCCAUCUCCUCGGAAGGAAACGAGCUCCUCGUCCAGUUCGUCUCUGACCUCAGUGUCACGGCCGAUGGCUUCUCCGCCUCCUACAAGACCCUGCCGCGGGGUGCCGCCAAAGAAGAGCAGGCCCAGAGCGCCGGGGAGGAUGCCCGGUCGGGUACCCCGAUCCUCAGCCCGGGCCCCAAGCCCGGACUCCCAUCUGAGGAGAAACCAAAAGCCUCAUCUGAGGCCCAGGCAACUCCGGGGGGCCCCGAUGUGCCCAGUGUCCCCUGCCCAAAGCAGUGCCGCCGGACAGGUACCUUGCAGAGCAACUUCUGUACCAGCAACCUGGUGGUGACCGCAACAGUGAAGUCCAUGGUUCGGGGCCCAGGGGAGGGCCUCACUGUCACUGUCAGUCUCAUUGGUGCUUACAAAACCGGUGGCCUGGACCUGCCUUCUCCACUCACUGACACUCCCCUGAAGUUUUAUGUGCCCUGCAAGCAGUGCCCCCCCAUGAAGAAAGGAGUCAGUUAUCUGAUGAUGGGCCAGGUGGAAGAGAACAGAGGUCCUACCCUUCCUCCAGAGAGCUUCGUAGUUCUCUACCGGUCCAACCAGGACCAGAUCCUCACCAACCUCAGCAAGAGGAAGUGCCCCUCCCAACCUGUCCGGGCUGCUGGGUCCCAGGCCUGAAACCCAGGCCAGCUUCCCAGCCCCUAGCCCUAGGGACUCCUUUCUUAUCCAAAUAAAUGUUUCUUGACUGAG